GCAUGCAGUCGACUUUGAUCGAAACCAAAGUGACUCCAUGGAGCUGGCCAUGGAGAGCUCUGUGCACCAUUGAACAGGUCCUGCACCCUAAAGAGGAUGAGAAGAAUGGACAACAAUCCUCAGAUUUGAUUCUGGAAGGAGGGUUGCGUGUUCCCCACCCUGCACUUUCCUUUGGGAUUUAUAUUUCCUCCCAAAUACCUCUGUGUACACAAUUAAACAAAGAAUUUCAAAACCACAGGCAGUGAAAACACACUAACUCCGUUUUGCACACUCAUCAAGACUUAGAGCUCUGAAUUAUUUUCAUACCUUCCAACAUUAGUAUGAGUCUUCCUCCUCAAGUUAAUACUGACAAGAGCGGCAAGCAUCGGGCUGCAGCCAUGAAAGAGCCUGUGCAGCAUUCAGGGGAGGUUUAUUAUGGUAUGGCGCCUCCGGCUUUAGAGUCAAGCCACAGUGACUCUGCAAGCAGCUCUGGUGUUUAUAACCCGGAGAAAGGGCCCCAAGGUGUACAGCACUAUCAACAGACUACUCCAGUAAAGUGGAUGCAGCAGGACUCCAUACAGGCCCCUGGCUGGUCUCAGGAAGCCCCUGUGUCGGGCUGGGGUCAGAACUUUGGCCCCUAUAUGGGCGGAGUGAACGUCAGGAGUCAGAUGGUGUUCCAUAAAGGAGUCCAUGAAGGCGUAGCUCUGCCGAUGGGGGGAGAAAAUCAACUGCCAGGGGGACCUGUUCAGGUUUAUAGAGAUGCCAGCCAGAGUCAAGCUCAGGGAAGGGGGCUUGAGUGGGAGCAGCACGGUGCGGCUGGAGUGCACCAGCUGCAAACCUAUCAACACGGCCACAAAGGUGUGGAGAUCCAGGGUCAGCCCCAUGUGCCAUCUCACACUUUGCAGGGGCCAAUGCUGCAGCCCUUCCAGCCAACAUUUAGGCCCAGCAAGCAACAAUUCUCAUCUGGUUAUUACCCUGUUUUUCCGGCAAACAAGGCAAUGCCAAACCUGACCUAUGGUGAACAGCCUCAAACUCAACAACAGCUGCUACACCAGAUGCAGCAGCAACAAAUGCAUCAACAACAGUUGCAGCAACAGCAUCACCUUAAGCUGCAACAGCAGCAGCAGCAGCAGCAACAACAACAUUUACAGCAACAGCAAAUCCAACAGCAACAAAUGCAACAGCAACAACUGCACCAGAUGCAGCAUCAGUAUCACCAGCAACAGCUGCAAGAGCGACAGCAACAAAUUCAGCAAAUGCAACAACAGCAGCAGCAGCAGCAACUGCAACAACAAAAUGUGCAACAGCAAGAAACAACACAACUACAGGUGCAGCCAAAACAGCAACAGACCCAAAACUUUGCAGCUUAUCAGUCUCCUGAGCCUUGUACACCUGACACUGUGUCUAAAAAGGAAGAUGUUCCAUCUGCGGAGCUGCAGCAGGAACCAGAGGCUCAGACCUGUGACAUGUCAGCCGUACCUGAUACAUGUCCCGAAAAGGUCGUAGCAAAUCCCGCAGAGAGCUCAGAUGCACAGCCGGCAGCCCCUCGGCGCUCGCGGCGCCUUUCCAGAGAAGGACAGUCCCCACUGGGUCCCCCUUCGACAAACAUCUGGUCUCAAGCCUCCAAAGAGCCUCCACCAUCACAUAAUGGAGUAGCAGGUGGACAGAGAGGAGGGGAAAGCCAAGUGACUACGGGAGGGGUCAUCCAGAUCACCAGCAGGAGGAGGAGGGCGUCCAAGGAGAUCAACUUGGAGACGCUUGCGCAUACGGCAUCAGAAAGACAAAAAAUUGUCAAGCAGGAGGACGGUCCCCCGGGCAGACAGGCCACCAUGGUGCCCCUGGUUAUCCCUGUGUCUGUGCCAGUGCACAGGAGCCAAAUAGAUCCUCAGGGUGGCUGGUCUCAGGGACGACUCGGCCAGGGUGAGCGGCCUGCAGGACAGUCCGACCGCAAACCUUCUGUCAUCGUGGCUCGCCGGCGAUCGCUCCGAAACUCCAUGACUGAGAGUUUUGGUCAGGAUGGUGAAAACGAUCCAGGCCUGGACGAGGAUGGAAAAUCCAAAUUUAAGCGCCGACCCCGGCCAGAGCCUCUCAUCAUCCCUCCGCCCAAACCAUCCACCUUCAUCCCUGCAUCCAUCUACUCCAGCAUCUCUUCCUUCCAGAGCAACCUGCGCUCCCCAGUUCGUCUGCCGGACAAUCCCCUCACCCUCCCCCCUUACACGCCUCCACCCAUCCUCUCUCCUGUGCGCGAGGGCUCAGGACUCUAUUUCUCCACCUUAAUGACCAACAUAGCCGUAAGCAACCAAAUCCUGCCUCCGCCGGCUACACCCAAGUCUGCGACCCGCAGCCUGUUGCGCUCCACCAGUUCAGAAAUUACACCUCCUGUCCUGCCCUUGAUCUCUGAUGCCACACCUGUUAGCCUCGAACCGCGUAUCAAUAUCGGGCAGAAGUACCAGGCAGAAAUUCCAGAUUUGCAGGAUCAACUUUCCUCCCAGUUUGACCAGCACAAAGCUGACUUGGUUUGGGUCCCUGUGGAUAACUCUCACCUUAAAUACGGUGACCAAGAGAGCAUGGAGGAUUUGAUGAACAUGGCGUGUUGCAGUGUGCUCAGAGGUGGAGGAACCAAUCAGGAGCUGGUCUUACACUGUUUACAUGAAUGUGGAGGUGAUUUUCUUGAAACACUGGGACGUCUGAUGUUCCAGGAGCCGGUUUUCCCUAGAGGCCAUCACCUGGCAGGUUAUCACUACUCAGGCUCUGACAGCUGGACCGCAGAAGAGAAGCGCUACUUCAAUAAGGGGAUCUCUGCUUACAGGAAGGACUUCUUCCUGGUGCAGAAACUGGUGCGGACCAAGACCGUGGCUCAGUGUGUGGAGUUUUACUAUACGUACAAGAAACAGGUGAAGAUCGGUCGGAGCGGGAUUUUAACCUUCGGGCCUCCAGAUUCACCAGUGGAGAAGCACACGGAGGCCGUGGUGGAUGUCAAGAGUUCACAGCAGUCGAAACUGACUCAAGGAGAGACGGAUGCGGAUGACAAGAAGGAUGUUUCAUACGACCAAAGCUAUGAGAGUAGCCAGCAGGCGAGGGUCGCUCGGUCACUACAGGCUCAUGAUUAUGCGGGAACAGUGCUGGUGAUCAAAGAAGAGUCUCAUCACCUGUCAGCAGCUCACAGGCCUCGGGCCGAACCUGCAGCAAAGAAGGGCAGAGCACCAGCGAAGCCGCCGCAGGAUCCGGACGCAGUAUUUCCAUGCAAGAAAUGUGGCAGGGUGUUUUAUAAAGUGAAGAGUCGAAGCGCCCACAUGAAGAGUCACGCCGAGCAGGAGAAGAAGGCCGCAGCGCAGCGUCAGAGAGAGGAAGAGGAGCAGGCAGCAGCUGAAGCUCGGGCCAGGAAGGCGGCUGCGGUGGCGGCGGCGGCGGCGGCGGCAGCAGCAUCAGCAGCAUCAGCAGUGGCGGGUCAUCAGGGAGGAAAUGGGAAUGGAGUGACGGAGCAGGAGGACGUCGAUAGCCACGAAGACUCAUCUGAGGGAGAAGAUGAUGACGAUGAAGACUGGCACUGAGAGAACAAAAUAAACAAGGAGAAAAAUCAAUGGGGAGAUGGAUUGAUGGGUAAAUGGAGGGUGAAGAGAUUGAAUCCGAGAGGGAGGAAUGGGGGGAAAAAAGAUGUACUUGGCCACAGACAGCAGCACAAGAGAAACAACCUUAACAUCUUCCUAUUAAUCUUCACACUCCUUUUUUGGCUGAAACUGUUCAGCCAGGCAGUCACACUCCAGAUUGUCACCUUUGUAUCUUUUAAAUAUUCAGAGGAAGUUUAUUUUUUGUAAAUGCACUUAUACGGUAUGCUUCUGCUUUUGCCAACAUUGCCUUUUUAUAUCCAUUAUUUAAUUGAAUAUGUCAAAAAUAUUUUACUUUUUCAUUGAGUGGACUUCAUUAGAUAAUCAGGAUGUCUCUAUAGCAAUAAAAGAUCAAGAUCAAAGCAGUCUUUCACUUUAUAGUCACAGCCGUUUUGAAUAAAGAUAGCUUGUAUUUAAAAACUUUUCCUUAGGAAAAUACUCUGCAGAGUUUUUCAGAUUUCCAUCAGAAUUUUAGGUUGGUUGUACACUUACUUUUGCAACUAAAGGACCUUUUGAAAUGAAUAUGUACAAAAAAGUAUAUAUGAGAUUGCCAUAUAUUUAUGAUACUGCAUUUUUCAAUGAUUUUGGUAAUAUAAAAACUAAUCAUGUCAGCUGCAAUAUGACUUGUGAAUUGAAAAGUUUAUUAAAAUCUCUACUGUU